AUGUUUCCCACGCUCCUCCAGAAGUCCUCCCGCACUCUCCACCAGAGUAGCCAGCCUCCGGAAGUCCUCCGGACUUCAUCAGACCAUCAUUGGACUUCCUCUGAAAUGAAGGGCACAUACUCGGAGGGCUUCAUUGGAAUUGGUGGCUUCAAGACUGUGAAUGCUGGAUGGCUGACACUCACAGCUCCUCCCAGGACUGGUCUUGGAUCAGUUGCUUAUCAUAAGGCUGGACCUUAUAAAGUCAGCUGGUAUUUGCUCAUUGACGAGCUACAGAAAUUAUUCAGAGAGGCCAACAUCUUAUACUGGUCUAAAUCCUUAUUAAAGCUCACAUACAACUUUGUUGAUCAUUCUAUUACAUCCUCACCUGAACCCCCACCAUUCAUGGUCCCAUGUGUUCAACUUGUAGAAGCCAGCCUUGCAUUGUGCCACAACCAGGGUGGUAGCAAGCCUGGAGUGAAGACAGGGUCAACACAGGCUGUUUUUCUCCUUGAAGAGCUCAUUGAGGGCAGUGAUGAUAUGUUUGUCAAAUUCAUCCACAAUAUGGACACCAAUCCAUUGCUCAAUGAAUUGGACUAUGGCUAUGACAUGGCAGAAUUUUUGGUUUUCACACAGCAUGUCCAGUACAUCAAGACUGACAAGCUAGUUUUCAUAUCUGACUAUCAGGGUAGUACAGCACUACUCACAGAUCCUCAGAUCCUGACUCAUCUGUUGGUCAGCAAUGGAUGUGAUAUUUUUGGUGAGGGAAAUAUCAAGACAUCCAUUAGCAAAUUUGAAGACCAGCAUGCCUACAAUGAGUACUGUGAAUAG